AUGACUAAAUCUUCCAUGGUUCAGUUGCCCUUGACACCUCCUACAACUCCUACUGCAAAGAGAGUCAUAGAUAUAAGCAAUAGUACCUCACUCGGAUCACCAUUAAAGAAGAAGAGACUAUUUAACACUCAGAAAUCCUCAAGUGAAUCAUCUACGUUCCUUCGGGCCAAGUCAUUAUUUCAAAGAGGAAGUCAAAUAUCACAUAGCAGUGGAGAGUCUCAUCUAGUAUCCAGAGAGAAGGAAGCAUCUAUACUUAAUGAUUUCCUAAUUGAGAAUUACUCCAAAAAAUGUUCCAAUAGUCUUUAUAUCUCAGGUCCUCCAGGUACUGGGAAAACAGCACAAGUUAGUUUAUCAUUGGAUCACUUUCUGAAAUCAAUUGGAAGUCCCAGUAAAUCAGACCCAAGCAUAGUCCACUCACAUGAUAAAAGUCAAUGGGUGAAAAUAAUCACCAUGAAUUGCAUGACCAUUUCAAAUCCAGAAAACAUUUUCCAUGAGAUCUAUAACCAAUUGGAUACUCAUUCCAUCACUGGUAAUCGAAAGAAAUCAGCUGAUGAUCUCUUCAUGUUGCUCCAAAACAAAAGUAUCAAAUUCAAUACCAUUGUCCUCUUUCUUGAUGAAAUGGACUAUCUUAUCACCCGAGAUCAACAAGUUCUUUUCAAACUUUUCCAAUUUGCGUCUACACAACUUUUAACAUCCAAAUUAAUACUUGUUGGGAUAUCGAACUCAUUAGAUUUCACAGAUAAGUUUCUUCCUCGGUUGAAACGUAACCGAUUAUGUCCUCAAUCAAUGCAAUUUCUUCCUUAUAAUGCAUCCCAAAUCCGUCAGAUAAUCAUGGAAAGAUUAUCUACUUUGACAGAGGAUAAAGAGAAUGAACAAGGACCCAGGCAUAUCAUUCACCCCACAGCAGUUCAAAUGUGUUGUGUCAAGGCUGCAGCCGUAGCUGGAGAUUUAAGAAAGGCAUUUGAUAUUUGUUACAAAAGCAUUGAACUCGUUGAAGAAGAAUGUGCCAUGGGAAAGUCGCAGGCGACUGUCUUGAUAUCUCAUGUUGCUCGAGUUUGUAAUGCGACAUUUGGUGAUAAUUUAGGUCAACGAUUGAACAAAUUGAAUCUACUUCAAAAGGCCAUAUUAUGUUGUCUUGUCAAUCUUGAAAAAAAAAGAUCGUUGUCGUCAGCAGAAAACAAAGUUAACCAACUUUAUGAACAUUAUCUUAAACAUUGUGUUCCUAAAGUUGAACAGUUACUUUCUACAGUGAAAAAAGGAGAGUUUCUUGAGUUAGUGUCUGCUCUUGAGGCUUCUGGUCUUGUGAGUUUAACUGCUGGUAAACUUGGUGGCAGAGGAGGGAAUUCCAUUGUCCCAGUCGUGGAUACUGCUAAUGCGGUUAUCAAAUCUCGAGUACCAUCAGACAUGUUGGCUAUGGUAGUAAAGGAAAUUGGAGUAUUAAAGAAAUUAUUAUACAAUUAA